GCGAAGCUGAGUCUGAUGUGCAUUCCACCUCCAUGAUGUUUCACAACGGGCCCCAGUUACCCAGCAGUCGCUUACUUUAUGGUGGGUAAGGGACCGUGGGGUGACAUGUAAGUGUAGCUAGUAUUCAGUGUUUGAGAGAAACGUUGGGGUCCAUCAUCAUGGAACAAUGGUUCGGAGACGACAGCGAAUCCGAGAUGGGGAUCUAAAACACGGGGGUAUAAAAAGCGCCGUUGCAAUGCGUGGGAAGAACAUCAGUUUGUCAGAUGUAUAUCGAACUGGAUUGUUCCCCUCAUCCUUCGCAGGCCUCUAUGAUUACAUGGGACACGCCAAAUGCCGAGAGGCAAAACCUCCAACGCUCGGUCAGAGAGUAUCUAAGCGCUAUCAUGCCAUCUUUAGUCAUAUCUCUGCACUGUUGUCAGGACGCUGUUGGUUUGUUGGGGUACCAGCGAAUCGCCCAAUGCAACUUCGACCCACCGAUCUGUUGCGUUCAGGUACAAUCGGAGAACAUCGUCUGGUAUACUACGACGCGCCCGGUAAACGCAAAAGCAAACUUAACCACAGCGUGCAGUAGUCUACGGACAGUUACUGGUUAAGCAAAUCUCAUUGUUCCUUUACUUAUCUCCGUCUCUUUUGCGUAUUCAGAUUUCGAUUUGCGCCUAUUCCCCACCCUUUUUGAUUUUGAAAUUUACACCAAUUCCGAGUGUUCCAGUCGAG